UCAUUUUCUGGGAAUGAACGGUGAAACAUGAACUGUCCGAGAAAUCGUGUGUACUUUUUUUUUCUUUCGCGAACCAACGAUUGGAAGGAUUUCUUGAACAUCCAAACGCUUACACUUGUACGAUUUGCUGUAGGGGUAUAAUUUUAAACCUGCCAAAGAAAUACCGAUUCUGACUGGACCGAUUCACCAGUCGAAGAAAAAGAAGCAAUCAUAUUUCGGGUCGAGCUUUCCAAGAUAGUGGAAACAGGUGGUUACAGCAGUCGAUGUAGUUUUGCAUCGACUAAAUAUUUCAUUUUCUGAGUUUGUAAUGUAGGCCUAAAUAUUUUAAGAGUUUGCAAUUUGGUGAGCUGGGUGACUUUCUGCUUAGGGUUUGUAGCGAAUACUUACAAAACUAUAAAAGCAAGAUCACUGUUGGCAGAAGUAGUUUUCCAGGUCAUGGGUGCGUUUUACUGCUCCGUGUGCAAGCAGACCUCUUUCGCAGGAAAAGGACACAUGUAUGCAAAAACGCACCAGAACAAAUUGAAAGCUGUCCUUUCCAAGUUCCUGGAUAAGGUGAAGGAGGCGCGCCGGUGCCUGAAGAGCCCGCGGGUGGAGAAGUUCGACCCCACUGAGCACGAGCGCCACGUCUGGUGCUACUGCUGCGGGCAGGAGGUGCGGAGACACGUUACCAAUGGCAACCUGACGGUGCUGCACGGGGGGCUGCUGGAACACCUGGCCAGCCAGGAACACAGAAAGAGCACGAAUCGGUUCUGGUGGGAGAACAAAGCCGACCUCAAGCUGAAGGAGAAGUUUCUUGUCACCGAGGAUGAGACCGACAGGUUUAAGGCGGAAGUGGCAAAAGCUCUGGAGGCCUUCGAGGAAAAGGAAGACGAGUACAUCAAACAGCAAGCUGCCCACAUCCAAGCUGUGGAGAAGCAGAGGCAAGAAAUCCUGCAGUCUCUCUUAGAGCCUGAGACAGAGCGGGAGAUCCCCAACGGACUGACCCAGCCGGACUCCUGGAACGACGAGGCCAGCGCUGGGAGCAGCUCACACUGUGGAACGUGGAGGCCAGCAGAACUGACCAGCCCCCAGGAAACAGGGCCUGUAGAGGACACUGUCUGGGCAGGAACAGCACUGAGCUUAACCUUCAUUGGCCACCAGGAUGCAUCUAACGGAGGAAACAUCCAUACAGGGGCCACCCCUCCCUGGCUACAGGACGACCCGCAGGAGGAGGGGUCCCGGGGGGGCGGGCGAGAGAUAGGCCCGUCCCACGAGGAGUUCCUGAAACGCAAGGAGCAGGAGAAGCUGCGGAAACUGCCUGCCCACCGCGUGGGGGCCAAUUUCGACCACAGCUCGCAGACGGACGCCGGCUGGCUGCCCUCCUUCGGCAGGGUGUGGAACAGCGGCAGGAGGUGGCAGUCCAGGCACCAGUUCAGGGCUGAGGAAGGCGAGCUGGCCCAGCGGAAGAGAGCCAGAGGCGAUCAGCGGAAAGGGAGAAAGAAACCGCGACUGCAGGGCCCUCAGUGAGAACUGGCUGGGUCUCCUCACGCAACACGGCAUGGCGUUAACCCCACAAGACAUCUGCAAGCGGGCAUCGUAACCGAGCCCAGAACUACACCCCACGACCGCUCGAAGUGUUUAGGAAGGCUCCGUAUUUCAGAGCGGUAACACGUUCUUACAAAACAAGUAUAGAAUUCCCCCUCUGAAUGCAUCCGUGUAAAUGUCAUUGUAAAUAAGUUGGAAGUUAAUGUCAUUUAACUGAAUUAGCAAUUGUAUUUAGAUGGAAUUAAUUAAAGCAGUGUUUAAAAUGA